CCCCCGGCACCUCUAACCUCGGGAACCGGAAGGGGCCGCCGGUGCGGACAGCUAUAGCUGUUGCAUUAAGGGCAGUGAGAGAAGCUACUGACAGCCCCAGUUUUUAAGAUAAGGACGUCAGGUUUUGAACCGCAUCAGUAGGUUCAGGAGGAGAAUCAUGCCUUGUAACUCGAAUCACUUCAGGAGCGUUGCUGCUUUGGGAAGAGCAUGACUGCAUCGUGACUGCCACUAAGCGUUUCGUUUCUGUCACUGCAACAGGUUGUGCACUUGCCACGUUCAGCGUUACCAGAUUGAGCAUUGCUUCCAUCUAUUGUCCAGUUAUUAAAAACAUGGUGCUCCAGUCAUCAUUAAAGAACUGCUUUCAGCUGUCCUGCAUCCUCCAGGUUCCAAAAGCUGGCUUCAGAAGCACGGCAAGUGGAGGCCUCAUUAUCCAGUCUACUUCUAAUGAUGUUUACCAGAACCUAGCUGUGGAAGACUGGAUCCAUGACCACAUGAAUUUAGAGAAGCGACAGGUCCUUUUCCUUUGGAGAAAUUCCCCUGCUGUGGUAAUAGGGAGACAUCAGAAUCCCUGGCAGGAAUGCAACCUCAGGCUGUUGAGGCAAAAAAAUAUAAAACUAGCCAGGAGAAGAAGUGGAGGAGGGACAGUUUACCAUGACUUAGGCAAUAUCAACUUGACUUUUUUUACAACCAGAAAAAAACAUGAACGAAUGGAAAACCUGAAACUAGUUGUGAAGGCUCUGAAAGCCUUGCGCCCACAGCUAGAUGUACAUGUCACUGACAGAUACGAUAUCUUGCUAGAUAGGCAAUACAAAAUCUCAGGUACUGCUGCAAAACUGGGAAGGACAGCUGCUUAUCACCACUGUACCUUACUCUGUAGCACAGAUAAGUUUGUUUUAUCUUCUGUGCUAAAAAGUCCUUAUAAAGGGCUAAAAAGCAAUGCCACUCCUAGUGUGCCUGCCUCAGUGAAAAAUCUCUUUGAAGAGGAUCCUAGUUUAACUUGUGAGGUGCUCCUGGAUGCCAUUGCUGAAGAAUAUGCUACGCAGCACCAAAUCGAUCAUCAUAUCAACUUAAUAAAUCCAGCUGAUGAGACUGUGCUUCCUGGAAUUAAUAAUAAAGCUAAAGAACUACAAACCUGGGAAUGGGUGUAUGGAAAGACACCGAAGUUCAAUGUUAGCACUCAUUUUAACAUAGCCUAUAAAGAUUCUGUUCUUGAUGUUAAAGUAGAUAUGGACGUAAAGCAUGGAAGGAUUGAAGUCUGUAACAUUGAUCUGCCACAGCAGUGGCUGCCACCAGCACUGUGCAGUGAGCUGGUGAAGAGCCUCACCGGCAAUAAGUUUUGCCCAAAUGAAACCACUGUGCUAGUGACAACAUUACUAAGAACGUGUCCACAAGAUGGUGACUUGCAGAGCAGAUGGAAUCUGCUCUGUGAGAAUAUGAAAAUGUUAAUGUGACUUGCACUUUGAAAAUGCAAAUUAAACUGCUGCUGCUUUUUAUUUAUUGAAAACAAAA